AAUAAAGCAACAAAAUCAUAGAGAGUAAGUUUCCUUUUCCACUUCAAUUUUGAAUCAAUCAAAUUUAGUCGUUAAUGGAGGAGAGUUUCAGAGUUCGAGUAAAAAAGAUCUUCGGUUCACUGGCGCCUUCUGCCUCCGCUCCUUGGUCUCUCACCGACGACGAGGUGGAGAGGAGGCGGUGGAAACUCCAAGACAAAGAUACCUCAGCCAGAGACGAAACGCCUUGUUCCUCGUCGUUUUAUGAUUUCUCCAACAAAGAUGGAAAUGAAUGGGAAAUUAGAUCUUCCAUUGGCUUGGACAACACUCUUGAUCAUGAGGAAGAGGAAGAUGAAUUUGACAAAGUAGCUUUGGGCAGAGAAAAUUCUGGUGAGCGCUUAUAUAUGAAUGAAGUAACGAAUCGAGGCUCUUAUUUGAACAUGCACAAUGUGCUUCCCAACUCAUUAAAUGGGACCAAGGACCCACGUGCCAAUCAUCACUCAGCAAGAAUUAGGCUGAAAGAAGAUGAGGACGAAGCUCAAAAAAUGAAUUUUCCUAGUACGGAUUCUGGUACCGCCAUUAAGGAUUCACAUGCUCGAAUAUCUGAAGAUAGUGUUCAAAGGAGGUCUAUUUUGAAAAGGACAAAUAAUGUUGCAGAUUCUAAGCCGCAAAAGCGUGUCAGGUUUGACCCUGGUUGUAAAAUUGAUGGUGAAAAAACAUCAGAAGAAUUUGAAUAUUCUUCUUUCAGCACCUCAUCAAUGAAGACUGCUGAUUCAGAUGGUGGAUUUCAGCUGGCUCAAAAUGGUUCUACGAUUCCGGAUUACUUAUUGAAUCCUUCCAAGUAUAAAUGCUACAGUUUUGAUUCAACAAGUGAAUUUGAUGAGGAAUCAAACAAGAAGACUUGUAUGGAUUUGCUGAAAAGCUCAAAAGCUAAAGAGCUGGGGCCAGAGUUGGAGAUUGCUUCUGGUCAUCUUCCAAUGUCAGUGACUUUUAUCCCAAAGAAGAGGGCUGCUGAUGCUAAAGCCGCAGACAUUAGUAAUGAGAUAAAAGGAAUCAAGGAAGAUUAUGCUGAGCAGUCCCUGCCUCGAGCGGGCUUUCCUGUUGGUAUUGCUGCUGGAGAAUCCCACCACUGUGAAGCUAUUGCAUCAGAUAGGACUGAGCCAGAAACAGGUGCAGCAGCAGAGGACACUGCUUGUUUGAAAAAACACAGUCGCAAUUAUCGGGUGCAUUCCAUAUCAUAUGAUUCUGACUCUUAAUGCUCUGCGAAUCGUCUGAAAGACUGCAGUAUGAGAAUUUUGAAAUUGAAACAUUUUCUCUUUCAAUAUGUUUUGUAUGUAUAACUUCCAAAUUUUGUUCAAUCGUGUUCCAGCACAGGAAUUUAUUACUUUAUAUUUCGAAGUUGUGGGUUUAUUGGAUGAAUAUUGUAGCUGUGCUAAAGGAUGCCAUACUUGAAAUUUCUCUUUUGUAGGUAA